CGCGUCGCGCUUUUCAAUUUACAUCCACGCAUUCUUGACUUCUAUUUCCCAGUUACUCGUGGUGGGAGCAUCUAAAUGCUCCGAGGCGAUGCUAGAGUCCCUCAAAUAUGUCCAGAAUGUUCUUUACGGCUGUCUCAGGGCUCGAAUUCAACAAAAGGAGAGGGGUUUUUCAGGUCUAAUCAUUGCAGGGCCAGUGUAAUAUCGAUUCUUAUCAGACGAGAGCGGUGAAUUUUUGGUAGACUCCUCUUUUCCCGUCUUGGCUUUAUCUACUAGAUGACGUCGCUGGACGAUUCCUUGGCACGGACUCGAAAGAUACUCAAGUGGCUGAUACACACAGACCACAACACUGGGGCUCAAAAUGAUUCCCUUGACCCCAAGAAUUUGGCACUCUCCCACUGACGACUACCAUGUCGAACGCUACGAAGGACGUACCUAUCGACCUCCACAUCCCCGACAACUACGUUCAGCACGCCCUGACAACGACCAAACCACGACCUCCAAUCACUCUCGCCAAUAUUCUCAAUGAAAUCAACUGGCUCUCCUUCAUCAUUCUCACCUCUACCCCAAUAAUGGGAGUUAUCGGCGCUUAUUACACCAAGCUGAGAUGGGAGACCGCUGUCUGGGCUCUUGUAUAUUACUACGUCACUGGUCUUGGUAUCACGGCAGGGUACCAUCGUCUCUGGGCUCAUAGGUCAUAUAAUGCUUCAAAGCCGCUCCAGUAUAUGCUCGCCAUGGCGGGAGCUGGUUCCCUGGAAGGAUCGAUCAAGUGGUGGUCUCGAGGUCACCGUGCGCACCACCGGUAUACAGACACUGAUCUCGAUCCAUACAAUGCUCACCGGGGAUUUUUCUACUCGCAUGUUGGCUGGAUGCUCGUCAAGCCUAGGCGGAAGCCCGGUGUCGCGGAUGUCAGUGAUCUGAGCAAGAAUAGUGUUGUGAGGUGGCAGCACAGGCAUUACUUGACGCUCAUCUUGACGAUGGGGUUCCUCUUUCCCUCUGCGAUCGCGUGGCUGCGAUGGGGUGACGCGAAGGGUGGGUUCGUAUAUGCUGGUGUUUUGCGACUAGUCUUCGUGCAUCACUCGACUUUCUGCGUCAAUUCUCUCGCUCAUUGGCUCGGGGAGACUCCUUUCGAUAACAAGCCUACGCCAACGGACCAUAUGAUCACAGCUUUCGCUACCAUCGGUGAGGGAUAUCAUAACUUCCACCACCAAUUCCCGAUGGACUACAGGAACGCGAUCAAGUGGUACCAGUACGAUCCCACGAAAUGGUUCAUUUGGUCGAUGCAGAAGAUUGGACUUGCGAGUCAUUUGAAAGUUUUCCCUGAGAAUGAAGUUCGCAAGGGUCAACUGACAAUGCAACUCAAGCGUCUUCGGGAGACCCAGGAAUCGCUUACUUGGCCCAUGAACAGUGAUGACCUACCUGUUAUUUCGUUCAAGAGCUUCCAGGAUCAGUCACUGAAACGUCCCCUCAUCCUCAUUUCAGGUUUCAUUCAUGACGUUUCCACGUUCAUGGAUGAGCACCCCGGUGGAGCUCAUCUCCUUGUCAAGUUCAUCGGCAAGGAUGCUACCACAGCCUUCUUCGGUGGUGUGUACGAUCACUCAAACGGAGCUCAUAACAGUCUCGCUAUGAAGCGUAUAGGUAUACUUCACGGUGGACAUCCUCAUAUCUUGGACAUCGCCAAACGGAUCCCGCCUAGUCAACAGUUGAAAAUUGCGCGCUACAAUGAACUGAGCUCCAACUAUGCUAGCAGCACCGCCUGGAGUGAUGAAGAGGGGUCGGCGGAAGGUACCCCUGUCAAGAAGCUUUCGUUGUUAUAAGAGAAGGUUCUCGUUACUGAACCCUUUCCCCCAUGCCGUCCUUGUUUCCAGAUAUUAAACUGAUUCGCUGUCAUAAAUGUUGUAUUUCAAUUGUGCCCGUCUGCAAUCUUAACGAUAGUAUGUUCCAUGCACUAUUUCUCCUGCCUUAUCUGGAGAACAACAACAG